CCACUAGUAUACGUGGGAUGGUGUUGCCAUCUUGCCAAACCCACCUCAUUCCCCAGCGAAAACUUCCAAGCCGCCAAAGGCGAUGGCUGCGUCCGCCCCUCUCGCCGGGGUCGCGCUCCUCCUCCUCCUCCUCCAUGCCGUCCAUGGAGGAGGCAUGGCCGGGAUUGCUAGCACGGGCGGAGCGAGGAUGAGAUCAUCGGAGGGGUACGCGCCGGUGCGGACCGUGGUGUACCGGUCGGCGGCGUCGGAGGCGUUCGAGCCGUUCCAGCUAUGCAUGGGGUGCCGGUGCUGCCCGGCGGGGAACAACAGCUCGUCAUGCGUGGACACGCAGUGCUGCUACGGCAUCAACUGCAACAUCCCCGGCAAGCCGUUCGGGACCUGCGCCUUCACCCCACGCACCUGCGGCUGCGGCGGCACCGCCACCGGCGGCGGCGGCAACUGCACCUCUGCGCCCGCCCCGCCUGCGAGCUAGCUUAUAGGACCCGAUUGAUUUUGAUCAAUUGGUCCGAUCCACUUACGAGUAUUGCAUACUUACGGCAGACCAGCUGAUUAUAUUUGAUUAAUAACUCAGAAUCGUUUUCUUUCACAUCUAUCGUUCGUUCUCAUGCGUCCAUCUUCCAAAGCUGUUCGGUCGAUCAUCGCUGUUGGCAUGUGAUUGAAAGUAUGAUGGUAACAUCGAUCAA